AUGCCUCACGCCCCACGUCAGGGAAACCGCAGGAGGUCCCCAGGUCCGAAAGCGAAAGCGCAGAAACCAAAGCAAGCGCCUCCAGCAAACAAACAGCAUGCCAAUCGCAAAGCCGAAGUCGCAAAAGCCAAAGCCGAAGCCGAACAAGUAGAGGAAGAAGAGUCCUCUGGGCUUAAUCUUGUCAGCACAAUUCCUCUCACCCUCCAACAACUUCUCUUGGAUGUAUUCAAAACAGCCCUUCUUGGAAACCCAGUCGCAGAAUCGGAAACUGCAAGCCAGGAUGCCAACCCUACUGAAUCACAAGACGAAAAUAAAGAUGAACCAUUAGACAUUAAAUCUCUCAUCCAGACAAUCAAGGGGCUUCUAUAUCAGCGCGAUUUUGACUCUGCCUUCGCCGAGGCAGGCGAGGAUCUGCUGCGUGCCUAUGCCUUGCGCUGGAGUGCGUCCCGGUCACUGGGAUACGCGGGCUUAUUGAAGGGAGUUUUGAUCUGGAUGAAAGAGGAAGAGGAAAACACCCGAGGCCGUGCUAGAAGCAAGAAUCCGUGUACCCGUGUUGUAUCCAUUGGUGGUGGAGCCGGUGCAGAGAUCACUGCUCUUGCAGCUGCGUGGAGAGACAUGGGCUCCCAAGCCCAGUCGCUAGAGGAACGUGUUGCCAGUGUAUCCCUUGAAGACACCGAAUCUCAAGAUGAGAAGAAGUCCGAAGCUGAAGACCAAGGUGUCAGCGCACCCAGUCUCUCUGUUAUGGCUGUCGAUAUCGGAAAUUGGUCCGACGUUGUUGACAGACUUUCACGAACCAUCACCUCGGCGGAUGUGCCAUUUUCGCAGACAACGAAAUACCGUCCCCCUUUGCUGUCGGAGAAGGUGGCUAGUGAAACAUUCUCGGUGUCUUUCCGUCGCGAAGAUGUCCUGACUCUUCCUGAGGAGGGAUUGAAAGAAAUUCUCCUCGGCCCUUCCUCGUCCUCUCCUUUCACUUCUAUCCUUAUUCCUAUCAUGUUUACUUUGAAUGAGCUCUUCUCUACCUCCAUGCCGAAGACUACCGGGUUCUUGCUCAAAAUGACUGAAAUCCUUCCUGCCGGUGCGGUGCUUCUGGUUGUUGAUAGUCCUGGCAGCUAUUCGACUCUGAAGUUAGGAAAAGGGCCGGAGGGUGAACCGCAAGAGAGGAACUAUCCGAUGAAGUUCUUGCUUGACCACACGCUGCUGUCUGUGGCAAAGGGCAAGUGGGAGUGCGUAUAUACUCAGGACUCGAGGUGGUGGAGACGGGACGCGGUGCGUCUGCGGUAUGAAGUUGGCGAAGGAGCGGGCUUGGAAGAUAUGCGCUUCCAGAUGCACGUGUAUCGGCGUUUGUAG